GAGCAAGCAGUGCAUAAAAACUGCACUUUCGAUUGGCUGCCAAAGAUUUCCAAGAUGCCGCCCGAAAGCUUAUCGAUUCUUCCUCCAGUCCAUUUGGGACUUUCCAUUUUCCAUUCUCCAAUCAUUCUCAACUUCACGCCGGGAUAAAUGCUGAAUAUAAGCGACGAGAGGCUGGCCCACAUAAUGGCGGACUUCGAUAGGACCUGGAGCACUGGGAGCAGCUGCUCGUCGAGCAGCGCGGACAGGGACUGCCAGGUGGGCGACGCCUAUUGCGCGCAGGAUGCCAUCCGGCCACUGGUGGCCAUCAACUGCUCCCAAUUUGUGGUGGCGCAUGCGAAGGGCGAACUGCAGCCCGCUCGCCGGUUUUCCGAGGUCUUCCUGCUGAAGCACAUCCUGGAAACGAUGCGGAAGCUGGGCCUGAACCUGCUGCUCCGCCUGCAGAGCUACACCUGGCCCCAUUUGACCGGGGGAGCUGGACACGGGGCCAUGAUUGUGAGCGCACCGCGCAGUGGACGCACCUUUGCCUACGUUCCCGCCGUUUGCCAUGUGGUCUGUAAGGCCCUGACCGAGAGCAGGAACCGGCGCAAGGAUCUGCCGCCGUUGUCGUGGCCACAAGAUCAGUAUGGCCCCAUGGCCUUGAUCCUGGUGCCCGAUCUGCGUCGCGUGCAGCAGGUUAGCGCCAUGUGCCGCGCCCUGCUGCGCAAGGCCGAGAGGGAGGAAUGGCUCACCCUGACCCUCAACGUGCCCUCGUCCAAGAACUCCGAGUUCUUCCUGAGGCUUCUCAACGGAGUGGGUUGCCUGGUGGCCACUCCUGCCCAGCUGGCCUGGUUUUGGGAGGAGGCACCGGGCCUAAUGCGCUUCCCUUGCCUCCAGUUCCUGGUCUACGACGACGUGGACCUGAUGGCCGAGGAGCAGCUGACGAAAGCCCAGCAGGUGCUGCAGGAGAUCCUGCCCCUCACACACUCGCCCCAGGUGGUGAUGGUCUCCCAGUCGUACAGUCCCAAGCUGAUGGCCAGACUGAGAUCGGUCAAUGAUGACCCGGCUCUGGUAUUCGGCGAUAUACUGGAGGCGGCCCUGUACGGCGGAACACGCAUACGGAUUUCCCUGCUCCGCUCGACGGCCAAGAUCAACGCAGUGGUGCAAAUGCUGCAGCAGUGUCCUCCCGAGGAUUACCGCACGGUGAUCUUCUGCAUCGACGACAGGGACAUGCAGCACUUGGUUGCGGCUCUGGAGGAGCGGGGCUACGAUUGCCUGCCCUACUACCAGAAUGCGGACCUGGAGGUCUUCGAGAAGGUGCACAGCUGGCAGGCCAACAGCCGUGGCGUGAUCCUGUUGUGCACGGACGACUGCCCGGAGCUGAUCAUCAGGGAUGCGCACACCCUGAUCCACCACAGCUUGAGCCAAUCGUGGAGGAAGUUCAAAAUGCGCCACCUCAUGUUGACCGACAAUCUGAGGAACAGUCUGGCAUCCACAGUUAGUCCCGCGAAACUGCCACUGCAUUCGCUGGUGCUCCUGGACGACAACAACCAUCGCCAGCUGCCACGUCUGGUGGACUUCCUGCAGCUGCACCAGGAGGUGGACCCCGGCGUGGUGGCACUGGCCAAGCGCAUACGCAAGGAGAUGGGCCAAGCGAAGAGCGAGCAGAGGGCCCUGUGCGACCAGAUCCUGAUGAUGGGCAAGUGCUAUGAUCCCGUCUGCGAGGAUCGUCAUCAGGUGGCCCCUUUCGAUAGGCGUCCUGCCCACAUGCCCGCGUCCGGUGACGUGAAGGUUCAGCUGGUGGAUGUCUACUCGCCGACGCACUUCUGCGUUCGCCUGCUGGAACACCUGCCGGCGGGGGGCACCUGGCAGGUGCUGCCCUUUACGGGGGUGCAGGAGAUGCGCAUGAAGCUGAUGCAGCCCAAGAAGCCCCGACGCUACUGGCCACCCGAGGUGGGAGUCAUCUGCAUGUACCACUCCACGUUCACCAAGGAACGGGUGCGCGUCCUGAAGGUGGCGCCCAUAAAAAACGUCAACUUUGCCCAAUCCGAUGUGGCGGUGGUACUCCAGGCCCUGGACACCGACACGCGCAUCUUCUCCACCACCUCCGGGCAACUGUCUCAGUGUCCGGAGGCACUGCAGCGACAGCCACCGUUGUCCUGCGACCUGCGGCUCGUCGGCCUGGUGCCGUACUGCGGGGAACGCAGCUGGACCGAGGACGACUGCAGCAAGGUCAAGUACAUGCUGACCCAACUGCCCAAGGGUCACUUUCUGCAGGCCAAGAUUCAGUUCACCGCCGCCGGCACUCUCUUCGCCCGGGAUCUGGUGGCCAUGGUGUAUGCGGACCAGUUCAAGGUGCAUCUGCGCCACCUGAAUCUUAAAAAGAAUCUGAUCAAGCGCACGUUGGCCAAAAAAUGUGAGCAGGCUAUUGACAUGAUCCAGGAGUUCUUCGAGGAGGUGUUAGUAGAGGACGUUUCGGAGGGGAAGGUUAAGGUGGCCAAGGAAAAGGCGGAGAACGAACCAAAGGAGAAGGCGAAAGAUGCGGUGUUGGUGGAGAGCCAACCCGUCUUGAGUGCAAGGUGUCAACGGCUGGUGGAAUUAGCCCUUAGGAUGGGCAGGGAGAACGAAAAGCGACGGGAGCUGGAAGAGAUGCAGUCCAAGAGCACAGAGGUACAAAAGAAUCAGCUGGCUAAGCCUGUCACCCCCGCCACGGAAGCCUCCAAGCCCCUGUCCAAUGAAGACAGCGUUGCCCAGCUGUACGAGUGCAUGAUGAACUGCACCCUCUUGCAGCUGGAAGACGAGAAGGAGCCCGCAGAGGAUCCCUACCAGACGAUGAACACCGAUCCAGCUGACUUCCUCACGCAAGUGAUCAACAAUGAACCCACUGUAAAACGCAAAGCGAAGAGGAGCAAGGCGAAGGGUGCUCCUGCAGCAGCACCACCACCCGACCAUUUCCGGCGGGAGGUGCCUCUGCAGCUGCCGCCCAAUGUGGUGCGCCCCUCGGUGAACUAUUACCAGACCGUUACCACCUUGGAGCUGCAGGUAUCCCUGCCGGAGGACGACCACGAGUACACGGCCCUGCUGGCUGGGGCACAGAUCUUCUUCAGGGCCACCUCCAAGUCGUCGGAGCUGAUCCAGCAGUUCAUCCUGACCCUCCGAUUCCCGUACGCCGCACUGAGGCAUCUCAUCCGCGGACGCACCGUGUACAUCAGCGUCACCAAGUCACUGGCCUUCAUCGAUCCGCUUGCCUUCGGCGAGCAUCGGUUCAUGAAACCCAAUCACGACAAGUUCGACAAAAUGGAGGACCACCGGAGGAUGGCUCACAACCGAUUCGCCAGCGUUGUGGACGAGUAUCGGCCGAAGCCCAACAUCGUGUUGCAGGAGAAGAGCGAGGAGAGUGGGGACGAGGAACGGAACAUGGACGGGAUUGAGCACGUGGACACUCAUAAUAUAAUGUGCGACUAGAGCUGGAGCAGAUGAACCAAACCAUAUCAAUCUAGAUACUUUUUAGGCGGCAAAGCAAAUCAAAAAUCCUCCAUGAGAGUGACAAGUACAAACCAUUUUUAUACAUUCCUAUACACAAAAAAAAUCAUUUUUACACUCAAAAAAAAACAGACCACUUUUAAAACUUCUUAAUAGUGUAAAAAACAGACCAUUUUUAAAGCUUUCUUCUAAGGUUCCUUUAACCUUUUGUUGUAUCAUUAUAAGUAGUCUUUUACCCUUUGAAAUUAGGUAUAAAACCAACUCAGUUAGUAUAACAUGAAAUAAAUAAACCUGUGUCGUUGGGAAA